AUGAAAAAUGUAGCCGUUAAUGUACACUCUCGUCCCACAACUCCUCGAUCGCGACCUGGCAGGAAAAAAGUGGCCGUUAACGUAUACAUUCCUACGACAGUUUCCGUUGGUCAACUAGCAAGAUUAUUAAAUGUGCGGCAGACACUACUUCAACGCAAGAUGGUCGACGCGGGGAUGGCAGCUGAGGCAUCAUACGAUCAUGUGUUGACGUCCGAUUAUGCUGCCCUUCUUGCAGAAGAAUUUGGCCGCAAUCCUAUCAUUAAUGAUGAAGCUGCUUUUGAUAUAUAUCCUCCUGCUCCACAUCCCGACCCAACUACCCUUCCCACACGCCCACCUAUCAUCACUAUUAUGGGUCACGUUGACCACGGUAAAACCACUCUUUUAGAUACCCUUCGUUCAGCGUCUGUUGCUGAUAAUGAGGCUGGUGGUAUUACGCAGCAUAUUGGUGCCUUCUCGGUCCCUGUCAAGGGAUCCUCUAGUGGCACAAUUACAUUUCUUGAUACACCCGGGCAUGCUGCUUUUUCUGCAAUGCGCUCACGUGGUGCUAGUGUUACGGAUAUGGUUGUUCUUGUCGUUGCAGCGGAUGACGGUGUUAUGCCUCAGACAAAAGAGGUUAUCAGGCUUAUCAAGGGAGAGCAAGGCAAGGUUGGGGUUGUUGUGGCUAUCAACAAGGUUGAUAAACCAGAAGCGGAUGUGGAAAAAGUUCAGCAUGCACUUCUUGCUGAGGGCGUCCAGCUGGAGGCAUUUGGGGGAGACAUUCCAUCCGUUGAAGUGUCUGGAUUGACAGGACAUGGACUGACUGAUCUAAUAGACACCCUGUCAUUGAUGGCCGAGGUACAGGAUUUGCGUGCAGAGCAAGAUGGGCCAACCUAUGGGCAUGUCAUCGAAUCGAAGAUGCACAAAGGUCUUGGGCCCACUGCGACAGUUCUGGUCUUACGUGGAUGUUUAACUCCCGGUGCUCACAUCCUGGCAGGCACAUCCUUCGGGAAAGUCCGUCUGAUGUCAAAUUCAUCCGGUGCACCUGUCAAGGCUGCAUAUCCUGGAAUGGCCGUCACCGUCUCUGGGUGGCGAUCACUUCCGGGCGCAGGUGAUGAAGUUGUGCAAGGUAGCGAGGGCGACGUAAAGAAAGCUCUUGCAAAUAGAGUUAGGAAAAAGGAAGUGGAAACGGUUUUGAUUGACGCGGAGGCAAUUAAUAUUGCACGCGCUGCAGAACGCGAAAGAGUCCGGAAGAAAGAGGAUAAGAGUCAAGAUAUGAGGAAUAUAUUAGAUGGCGGUCCUAAGGAGCUCCGGCUGGUGAUCAAAGGUGAUGUAAGUGGGAGCGUCGAGGCCGUUGUGGGCGCGCUGGAGGGGAUCGGGAAUGAAAAGGCUUGUGUCAAGGUCGUAUCCACUGGAGUGGGUGAUGUCACGGAGGGCGAUGUAAUGAUGGCCAAGGCUGCUGAGGGCAUAAUCGUUGCCUUCUCGGUCAAAAUUCCACGUUCAGUGGAGACUACUGCGGCACAGAACCAUGUCCCAAUUUACUCGUCCAAAAUCAUCUAUCGGAUCAUGGACGAGGUCCGAGACCGCGUCACCGCAUUGCUACCUUGCACCUAUGAGACCAAAGUUACUGGGGAGGCAACCGUUUUACAACUUUUCGAUAUUCACCUCAAAGGGAAGAUGACUAAGAAGAUUGCAGGUUGCAGAGUCAGUAAUGGCACCAUCGAGAAGUUGAAAGGGGCUCGAGUUGUUCGCAAUGGUCAAGUAAUCCAUGAGGGUGUCCUCGAUGCACUUAAGCAGCACAAGAAGGAUUUGCUGGAGGUGAAGAAAGGUACUGAAUGCGGGAUCAGUCUGCAGGACUAUGAGGAAUUGCGCAAUGGCGACUUGAUACAGAUGUAUCAAACGAUUGAGAUACCUGGCGUAUUAUGA